ACAUGGGACGUUUCAGAGCUUCAACCAUUGUCUCUUAAAACCGUCUCUUGUUUAAUUCACGGAUCUUGGAGACAGGGAUAUCAUUGUUCUUCUACUUAUUAUUCUUCUCUCCUGCCUCUGACCGAGUUUGUUGGCACGGUUGCUCCGACAAACUGAGCGAAGAACUGGUUGGUGCUGAUCGGAUAGCAAGACUUACUUGCAACCGCUCCAUCAGCCAGCCGUCCCUGAUAUUCUCGUCACACAUUCUCAUCGCCCGACGACAUGUCUGUGCCGUUCAACGCAGACGCGACAUCUCGCGGCACCGGCCCUGGUCGAUCUCCUUCUGGUAGCCAAAAGACUUUUGUGGACCACGACGCCAUUUUUACCCAGAACGAAGAAGCGCUACCGACUUCGAAGGCCAUGGACGGUAACUCUGUGUAUGGCAAAGAUGCCGAUGCUUUCGCAUCGACGUCCGAUGAAGAUGGAAACGACACCGAGCUGGAGCGCCGCCAGUCUAUCGUACAGGAACUAGCUCGAGAGUACACCCGACACUCCGCCGUCAAUGUCGACGGGGACAACAUGGCUUUGUUCGGCAGCGACGACCCCGACUCGCCCCUCAACCCCAACGGAAAGAAAUUCAGCGCCCGGAAGUGGGCCAAGACCCUCGCCAACAUCACGAACGAGCACGGAUCUGGAUACAGAACAGCCGGCUUCACGUACCAGAACCUGAACGUCUUCGGAUACGGCAAGGAGACGGACUACCAGAAGGAUAUUGCGAACGUGUGGCUUGAGAUCCCUGGUCUCGCCCGCAAACUUACCUCGAAAACCGGAGGCCAGCGCCGCAUCGACAUUCUCCGGGACUUCAACGGUGUGGUCGAAGCAGGAGAGAUGCUCGUCGUCCUUGGGCCUCCUGGAUCUGGCUGCUCUACCUUCCUCAAGACGAUUGCGGGCGAGAUGAACGGUAUCUACACCGAUGACCGUGCCUACUUUAACUACCAGGGCCUCUCUGCAAAGGAACUACACAAGCACCACGCGGGAGACGCCAUUUACACCGCCGAAGUGGACGUCCACUACCCUCAGCUUUCCGUGGGAGACACCCUCACGUUUGCUUCCAGGGCUCGUUGUCCUCGAGUCCUUCCUCCCGGCAUCUCCUCUAGCCAGUACUGUGACCACCUCCGCGACGUUGUCAUGGCCAUGUACGGCAUCAGCCAUACGGUCAAUACACGUGUGGGCAACGAGUACAUCCGCGGUGUGUCCGGAGGAGAACGCAAGCGCGUGACCAUUGCCGAGGCAACGUUGUCGAACGCUCCUUUGCAGUGCUGGGAUAACUCAACCAGAGGUCUUGACUCGGCCAAUGCCGUCGAGUUCUGCAAGACUCUGCGUUUGCAGUCGGAACUGUUCGGCCAGACCUGUGCCGUCUCGAUUUACCAGGCGCCCCAGAGCGCGUAUGAUCUGUUCGAUAAGGUACUCGUUCUGUAUGAGGGACGACAGAUCUUCUUCGGUCGCACAACGGAAGCGAGGCAGUACUUUAUCAAUCUCGGAUUCGAAUGCCCGCCCCGCCAGACAACACCCGACUUCCUCACCUCGAUGACGGCACCAUCCGAACGUGUCGUUCGCCCUGGAUGGGAGUCCCGCGUCCCCAGAACCCCUGACGACUUUGCUGCUUGCUGGAACGCCAGCCAGGAAAACCAGGCCUUGAAGGAGCAAAUUGAGCAAUACAAAGCCGCCCACCCCCUCGAUGGACCGGACGCCGAGGUCUUUAGGAACCAGAAGCAGUCGGUGCAGGCAAAGAACCAACGCCUCAAGUCCCCCUUCAUUCUCUCCUACGGCCAGCAAGUCAAGCUGUGCCUUUGGCGUGGCUUCAAGCUCCUCAAGGGCGAUCCCAGUCUGACGUUGUUUUCGCUCAUCGCCAACUCGUGUACGGCUCUGAUCAUGUCGUCUUUGUUCUACAAUCUUCCGGAAACCACCUCUUCUUUCUACAGUCGGUCUGCGGUCCUCUUCGUCGCCAUCCUCGCCAACGCUUUCUCCAGCGCCCUCGAGAUUCUCACCCAGUACUCCCAGAGACCCAUUGUCGAGAAGCAGAGACGCUAUGCAUUCUAUCACGCAUCGGCCGAAGCUUUCUCCUCUGUGUUGGUGGACAUGCCAUACAAGAUCGCAAACACCAUCUGUUACGACUUGAUCCUCUACUUUAUGACCAACCUGAACAGACAGCCUGGCAACUUCUUCUUCUUCCUGCUAACUACCUUCCUAAUGGUUCUCGCCAUGUCAGGAGUAUUCAGAUCAAUCGCCUCGUUGUCUCGCUCGUUGUCGCAGGCCAUGGUACCCGCUUCCAUUUUGAUUCUCGCCCUGGUUAUCUUCACUGGUUUCGUCAUCCCCGUUGACUACAUGCUGGGUUGGUGCCGGUGGAUCAACUAUCUCGAUCCCGUUGCUUAUGGUUUCGAAGCGCUCAUGGUGAACGAGUUCCACAACCGCGAAUUCGAGUGCGGCGCCUUCGUUCCCAGCCCUGGACUCGCCGGCUAUGAGAACAUCAGCUUGGACAACAGAGCCUGUUCCACGGUCGGCGCUGUUCCCGGCAGGUCUACUGUCAGCGGAGACGCGUACAUCAACUCCCAGUACAAGUACUUCAACUCUCACAAGUGGCGCAACAUCGGCAUCCUCAUCGCCUUCACCAUCGCCCUCCACACUGUCUACUUCUUGGCCACAGAAUACAUCUCGGCCAAGAAGUCCAAGGGAGAGGUCCUCGUCUUCCGCAGAGGCGUUUCCGCUCCUUCCAAAGUCAAGGACGACCCUGAAGCUUCUGUGUCCGGGCCCGCCGCCAUUGUUGAAAAGGGCGGCCAGGGCGCUUCAGCCAACGAGGGUGCGAUUCAAGGCUCCACAAGCGUUUUCCACUGGGGCAAGGUGUGCUAUGAGGUCAAGAUCAAGACGGAGACCAGAAGGAUCCUGGACGAGGUGGAUGGUUGGGUGAAGCCGGGCACAUUGACAGCCCUGAUGGGCGUUUCUGGCGCCGGAAAGACGACUUUGCUCGACUGCCUCGCAGACCGUGUCUCCAUGGGCGUGAUCACCGGAGAAAUGCUCGUUGACGGCAAGAUACGCGACGAAUCCUUCCAGCGCAAAACCGGCUAUGUCCAGCAGCAGGAUCUUCACCUUGAGACGAGUACUGUUCGAGAGGCGUUGGAGUUUAGCGCACUGCUGCGCCAACCCGCCACCACGCCCAAGGCAGAAAAGCUCGCAUAUGUGGACGAAGUCAUCAAGCUUUUGGACAUGCAGGAAUACGCCGACGCCGUUGUAGGUGUGCUUGGUGAGGGCCUGAACGUUGAGCAGCGAAAGCGUCUCACGAUUGGUGUCGAACUGGCUGCGAAGCCGCCCCUGCUGCUCUUCGUCGACGAACCUACCUCCGGCUUGGAUUCCCAAACGUCAUGGGCCAUCCUGGACCUGCUUGAAAAGCUCUCAAAGGCAGGCCAGUCGAUCUUGUGCACCAUCCACCAACCGUCUGCCAUGCUGUUCCAACGCUUCGACCGCCUAUUGUUCCUGGCCAAGGGUGGCAGAACCGUGUACUUUGGCGAUAUUGGCGAAAACUCUCACACCCUCACCUCCUAUUUCGAACGGAACGGUGCCCCCAAGUGUCCUCCUGGUGAGAACCCGGCCGAAUGGAUGCUCAGCGCGAUUGGUGCGGCGCCCGGUUCGACGACCGAGGUUGACUGGCACCAGGCGUGGAAGUCGAGCCCCGAGUACCAAGCCGUCCAGGACGAGCUCCAGCGGCUCAAGUCCCAGGGCACCGCCAACGAGAAGAUCUCGGCCGAGGACAAGGAGCUGGCACAUCGCGAGUUCGCCGCUCCUCUUUGGGAUCAGUUCCUCAUCGUUACCCGCCGUGUCUUCCAGCAAUACUGGCGCACGCCCUCGUACCUCUACUCCAAGUUCAUCCUUUGUUGUUCCGUCGCCCUAUUCAUCGGUCUCGUCUUCCUCAACGCCCCCCUCAGUAUCCAGGGCUUGCAGAAUCAGAUGUUUGCCAUCUUCAACAUCCUGACCAUCUUCGGCCAACUGGUGCAGCAGCAGAUGCCGCACUUCGUCACUCAACGCUCUCUCUACGAAGUUCGCGAACGUCCCUCCAAGACGUACAGCUGGAAGGUGUUCAUGCUGUCGCAAAUCGUCACCGAGAUCCCUUGGAACUCCCUCAUGUCGUUGUUCAUGUUCAUCUGCGUCUACUACCCCGUCGGUCUGUACGAGAACGGCGACCCCAGCCAGAAGAGCGAGCGCGCCGGCUUGAUGUGGCUUCUGUUCUGGCAGUUCCUUGUCUUCACGUGUACUUUUGCCCACGCCUGCAUCGCCAUUACGGACACCGCCGAGGCGGGCGGCAACCUGGCCAACGUCCUGUUUAUGAUGUGUCUGCUGUUCUGCGGUGUCUUGGCCAGCCCCGAGACCAUGCCAGGCUUCUGGAUCUUCAUGUAUAGGGUGUCGCCAUUCACGUACCUCGUAUCGGCAAUCUUGUCGACAGGUCUGGCCAAUUCACAGGUGACGUGCUCCUCGAACGAGUACAUCCACUUCAAUCCGCCGGCCAACGAGACAUGCGAAGACUACAUGAGCAACUACAUCGGUGCCAUGGGAGGUUAUCUCGAGGACCCCACCGCCCGGACCGACUGCAGCUUCUGCUCCAUCGAAAAUACAAACGCCUUCCUCACCUCCAUUAGCUCCAACUUUGACAACAGGUGGCGCGAUUUCGGCAUCGGCAUGGUGUACAUUAUCGUUAACAUUUUUGCCGCUCUGGGUCUUUACUGGUUGCUGCGCAUGCCCAAGGGCAGGAAGAAGGCUUAAAGGGGCUCCCCAAAGAGCACCACUUUGCUUUGGAGCCGAGUUUCGGCAGAGCAAAACCCUGUCUCGAGACACUUUUCUUUCACUAAUCAGAUUAUUUAAACAAUCUUAUUACAUAGGGGAUAAUGGGCAUCAUAGAGUUUUGUUGUUUUUGCAAGGUUGGGGAUUCAUAUAAGUAGAGCUCUCGCAAUACCUUUUUGGAGUGUCAAAUCAACCAGUCAGAUGCAU